AUGCCAUACCAGGAUUCAUGCCAUAUCUCCGCCAUUACCAUGGAGGAUCAUCUCGGGAUUGUGUACCUCAUCGAGACCGCCCAACAAUUCUGGUCCGAGCUUGAGGAUAUACUGAAACUACCUAGUGACAAUGCUCCGACACUCUCUUUGCUGGAUUCUACGCUGAGGAGGUUUAUAUCGCUAUGUGCAACGUAUCACGAACAAUAUCUCCAAAGUCCCUUGCAACUGGAACAUGCUUGUAACCUCUUGAUUGAGUCCGAGCUCUUCCAAUUUCACUCGGAACGGAUGUGCGAGAUUAUCACUGAGGAUGCUCGAAAUACGACGGAUCCUCAUUCCCUGUUCCUAUCAUAUCAUGUUCUUUACCAUCAUGGUCAUCGUCGUUCCGAGUACUUUCGCCUCCACAAACGUUGGCAGCCUCUGAUUCCUCUGCUCAUGGACCACAUCCUUGUGGGAAUCGACCCAGAUAUUGAUGAUACAUACGUCGGGACCGCGGGAGUUCGGGAUUCCAUGGCUGUGACAGUUCCUGUCCCAAUUGAAGCGAAGCUGAGAAGCUUGGGUGUGAAGCUGCUGUACGAGGUCAGCCGGGUGCAAAAGCUUUCUGUUCAAGAUUUACGAAUAUUUGACGACUCAUUCUUAGAUUAUUUAUUCGAUCUUGUCGAGGAAACCAGAUACAUGCAUGACGAAACGUUCAAUUACUCCGUAAUAAAGUUGAUUGCGGCACUCAACGAGCAAUUCAUGGUGGCGAUACUUCCAACUGAUGGUUCGCAACAACCUUCUCCGAUCUCUGGUACAUCAGAUGAACCCAAGAACCGCCUCAUUCGUGUCCUCAUGCGACGCCUUGGAUCUAGCAAGACUUUUGGUGAAAACAUGAUAUUCAUGUUGAACCGUGCCAAACGUACUCCAGAAGAUCUGUGCAUGCAACUUCUUCUCCUCAAAAUCCUUUAUGUCCUUUUUACGACGAAGGGGACAUCAGAGUAUUUCUACACGAACGAUCUGUGUGUGUUGGUUGAUGUCUUUCUGCGAGAAUUGGUGGAUCUGGAUGAAGAGAGUGAUUCGCUGAGGCACACGUACUUGCGAGUUCUUCAUCCUCUCUUGACGAAAACGCAACUUCGGGACAUUCCAUACAAACGCUCACAGAUCCUGGUCGCCCUUGAAUCGCUGAUAAGAAAUCAUUGUAUACGCGAUGUUAACCCCACAACAAAACGCUUGGUCGACCGUUGCCUCUCUGGUGACUGGUGUGUCCAGCUCAAUGCACAGCGAGAUAAAGAUAGUGGGAGUGGGAGUCCAACUAGCGAGGCGUCGACUAUCCUCAGCCCUCCCGGCCAGGAACCCGCUUCAAUGGCUGCUGCACAAUACGAGGCAGGAAGACUCAGGUCGUUGAAAUUCAGCAAGAGUGUUGAAAACCUGGGAGUACGGUCUGAGCCAGCAAGGCAACCUCUACGUUCCCCUCUUGACCAAGCUCGCGUUCCAACCAACGGGAGUCAUACCAGUCUGCCUGGACUUCCUUCGCCCUCUUCAUCGAAACCAGCCCCCAAUAUGUCAAAACGUCGAACGGCAAGCACCACUUACGAGGAUGCCCCCCACACUACCCGUCGUGCCUCUCAUGACGAAGAUCAUCAUUCCCAUCGACAUCAACAGGCAUCAUCGCAACCUCGUGCCACUAGUUCCUCUACGCCAUUGAAAUCAGACGAACCUACUUCACAAGCUCAGGUUCGCAAUCGAAGACCUCCACCUGCACCUCCAAAAAGACGGAAGCCUCCAGCCAUUCCCCUGGGUCGUGGUGUCACGAUGCAGACCAUCAAAUCUUCCGAGCCGAGCCCACUUUCGAAGGUCUUCCAGCCUAUUUCUGGGUAA